GAUGAAUGAUCUCAUUCUUUUUCUUUCCUGUAUAUAAGCCACCACUGAUCUGGUGCAACGAAUGUGAUUGCACGCUAGCGUUACUUUGGCGCCUGCCAUCUCUCAUAUCAUCGCCGAGACUGGCUCAGCCCUGCCCAGCCAUCCGCCCAUUCCGCUGGUUUGCCUAACCCACGGACAACAUUCUUUCCAUCUGACCUUUCCAGAACCCUGGCCAUGAAUCCCUUGUCAUCACAUUCCGCAUGUUGAAUAGCUGAGAAUUCACUGGAUAGUUUGUUUUACUCCCUCCUGGGGAUUGUGGAGAAUGUAUAUCCCAUCUCAAUAUGGACGGCUUGUCGCCCGUCAGAGUGGACCGCCGGGCGCAGACAACAAUCAUGAAGCUCGGUCCGAGACUUCUCGCAGGAAUAAUAUCUUUAUCAUAUGCGCUGCGUCCAUCAUCUUCGCAAUAGCCGUCAUUCUCAUGGCGUAUUUCACCCUGCGCACGCUCCGCCGCAUGAACUGUCGCCCAAAAUACAUCCCCGGGAAGUCUUUAAAAGACCGAUGGAAUCGCUGGCAAGCUGGAUCGUCAUAUGGUCAAGUUCCAAAUGAUGGGACGUCAUCAAAUCGAGAGGGAACCGGCACAAACACCAGGUCUGUGGAAGGAGGGUCAGAAAUGAAUACCAAUAGUGCAGUUCGCCGUGAGACCUCAGUCCGUUCCGUCAUGACCCUCCCUGCCUAUUCGUCGAGUCCGAAACCCUCAGAACAGGUCAUUGCGCGAGAAGGAGAGCGGGGCGGCAUGGAUGUCGUCGUUGAAUUCCCCGAGACUGCCGAGGAAGAGGAGUCCCGCAGGGAGGAGCUGAUGGAGUCUCUGUACCAAAUCCGCCAGCAGCGGAGACAGGAGAUAGCAGAGCGGGAGGCCAGGCGAGAGGAGCGUCGUGAGGCUCGUGCUCGUGGGGAUUAUGUCCGUCUCGAGCAGAUUCGCCAAGAGAGUCGUGCUCGAGCCCAGAGUCGUUCUUCUGCCAACGGGAGCAACAGCAAUUUCUCCUCUGCAUUGACUCUGGCAGAGGCUCGAAGUCGCGGUCGCGAGAGGCGUAUUUCCAGUGUCAGCUAUGCAGCAUUGGGCUAUGUGCGACACGAUGGAACGCGUAUGCGCAGUACCUCUCCUGAUGGGCCUGAUACGGAUUCUCGCCCUCUUUUGUCCAACACCGAUACGAUGAGCACGGAAACGGCCAAUCGUUCAUCCACAUCUAGUCUGACAAAUGUUCAUUCACGCGGCGAAUCGUACUCGUCCGCUCAUUCCGCAGACACUGCUGCAUCUGAACAAGAUAGCUUGACCCCGGUCCAAUCGCACGCUGCUUCCACCCACUCGAUGAUUCCGAGUUCUGGGGAAGGCGAUUUGGGGGCUCUCCAUAUCCCUCCUCCGGACUAUGAACAGCUGGACUGGGGAGAGGCGCCUCCGUAUGAAAGUCCAACCGCAGAGCGAGGUAGCCAACCACCACAGUUACGGGAGCUCACUCCUCUGCCUACCAUUCAAAUCGAUCUCGCCAGCCCUGUGAACAACACGCCUACCACGCCUACAAACCCCCACCGCGAAGAGCAUAGCCCAUCAGAAAACCAAGGCACUCAUCGCGACUCUUAGCCCUUAAUUCCCUUGUCUACAUCCCUAUUUAGUUGAUGUCGUAUGGCUAUUGUUCCUUGACAUCUUCUCUACCAUCUCUGGCGUGCUUAGACCGUUACGAGCUUACGACGUUUAGAUUCCCCACUGUGUGGCCAAUUCAUUGUUAUUAAUAGCGCAUUCUCUAUUCCUUCUCAAUUCACAAGCUUAGUUUCACUUCGCUAGCAUGGCGUUCGGAUGACAUGUAUUUGGCUUUAUGCAGACCUCUACAU